AGCUCGGAGAGUCCUGGGGAGCAGGAGUAAGGGUGUUCCAGGGAGGAGAACAAGGCGGUGGCUGUGGGCAGCCGGUACUGGCAGAGCCCUCACCGACGCGGCGCAGCCCCACGUGGCUGGAACACGGAAGACAGAGCUGGCUACUGUCGGUAGUCUCAGGAAAAGAACCCCUGGAGAAUAUGAUGUGCUGAUUGUGUAUGCAAGUGACGCUACUGAAUGGUGUCAGUACCUCCAGAACCUCUUCCUCUUUACUCGGCACAUUCGAAAGCAUCGGAUUCUGACCUACCAACUGGAAGGCGAGUCUGCCAUUUCCCCCCGGGAGCUGGACCUGUUCAGCAGAAGUCGGAGCAUCAUCCUUUUGCUUUCUGCAGAGCUCGUGCACAGUUUUUAUCUUCCUCACGUCCUGCAGAGCCUUCAGGAAGCUUUAUGGCCCCCGUGCAAAGUAGUCAAGCUGUUCUGUGGUGUUACGGACUGUGACGACUAUUCGACCUUUUUCAAGGACUGGUCUCAGUGGCAGGAACUCACAAAUGAUGAUGAGCCUGAUGCUUACCUUGCAGCUGUCAAGAAGGCUAUUUCAGAAGACUCCGGCUGUGACUCUGUGACUGAUACAGAAACAGAAGAGGAGAAGAAUCCAGCUCACUUCCACAGACUUGCCAUGAGUGAAGAACACAGAUCAUCCAAGAGCAUGGGGGACCACCCAGUGGUGCAGCCUGACCGCAUACAAUGUGGGGUGCAGACAACAGUUUAUAUUAUCAUGAAAUGUAAACUAGAUGGUGAAAUGAAAACUGAAGUUGAAUUCUCUCCAGAGAAUGCAUCCUCUGUGCGUGUGCUGGCCGAGAUGGAGAAUGAGUACACAAUCUCUCUGAAGGCUCCAAAUUUAACCUCUGGGACAGUGCCUCUGCAGAUAUAUUCAGGGGACUUGAUGGUGGGAGAAACAAGUGUCAUUUACCACACGGACAUGGAGGAAAUCAGCAGACUUUUGGCUAAUGCAGCCAACCCCGUACAGUUCAUGUGCCAGGCCUUUAAAAUCGUGCCAUACAGCAUAGAAGCACUGGACAAACUGUUGACUGAGUCACUCAAGAAGAACAUUCCUGCCAGUGGUUUACACCUGUUUGGAAUCAACCAGCUGGAAGAAGAAGAUAUGACAGCAAAUCAGAGGGAUGAGGAGUUGCCAACACUGCUUCACUUCUCUGCAAGAUAUGGGCUGAAGAACCUCACUGCCUUGCUGCUUACAUGCCCUGGAGCGCUGCAGGCCUACAGUGUAGCCAACAAGUACGGCCACUAUCCAAACACCAUAGCAGAAAAGCAUGGCUUUAAGGAUCUCCGCCAGUUCAUUGAUGAAUAUGUGGAAACUGCAGAUAUGCUGAAGAGUCACAUUAAGGAAGAGCUGAUGCAAGGCGAGGAGGAUGAGUCUAUUUAUGAGUCCAUGGCUCAUCUGUCCACAGAUCUGUUAAUGAAGUGUUCCUUGAAUCCUGGCUCCGAUGAAGAGCUUUAUGAAUCCAUGGCUGGAUUCGUCCCUGGUGCUCCAGAAGAUCUUUAUGUAGAGAUGCUUCAGUCCAAACCAGACACUCCAGUUGCUGGAGAUGAAGUUUCUUUAAAUACAAAAGACUCCAUGCUCCGCAGGUUUUUAGAAGGCGGUAGCAUGGAUGUACCAGAUUCAGAGGAAGUUUACGAGCCAUGUGGUGAAGAUGUAUACUACCCAGUGGAACAAGAUACUUUUCCGCAGGAAAUGGCUAACAGACCUCCAGUCCCUGUUCCAAGACCAGAGUCUAGUUCUCCACAGCCAGACAAUGAACUGUACAUCUCCAAAAUUUUUGCACAGAAAGCUAAAAGACCUGAGAAUCUUUAUGUCCCUAGAGGAAGGAUUAAGAAAGAGACAAUAGUCAGGCCUGUAAGGGACCUGUCUCAAUCAAGCAUAUAUGAUCCAUUUGCUGGAAUGAAAACCCCAGGCCAACGGCAGCUGAUUACAUUACAGGAGCAAGUGAAAAUGGGCAUACUCACUGUGGAUGAAGCUGUACUUCAUUUUAAGGAGUGGCAACUGAAUCAGAAAAAGAGAUCAGAAUCAUUCCGGUUCCAGCAGGAAAAUCUGAAACGUCUACGAGACAGCAUAACCAGGAGGCAAAUGGAGAAGCAAAAAAAAGACAAAAGUGCAGAUUUAGAAAUUACGGUACCCAUUCGACGUUCUCAUAAUACUUUGGGGAGACCAGAAUGUGGAAUAUAUGAAUACACCCCCAGGAAAAACGUUUUUCCACCAAAAAAGGAGUUAAAGCGAGGAGACUGGAAAACAGAAAGCACAUCCAGCACAACAAGUAGUGCAAGUAACCGCUCCAGCACUCGGAGCAUAUUGAGUGUCAGCAGUGGGAUGGAAGGGGACAGUGAGGACAAUGAAGUCCCAGAAACAACUAGAAGCCACAGCCCAGUUGCCCACCAAGCAGAGAGGCUGCCUUUCCCAGAAAGGCCUCCCAGAGUGCCUCCUCGAGGUGCAAGCAGGCCUGUAAGCUAUGAAGACUUUUAUCCUCCACCUGUACCACCAAGAGGUCGCUGAAUUUCUCAACAUCUCUGGAAUAUGAGAUUUUUUUCUGUUUAUACAUGUGUUUGUACAGAUAUUUUUUGUCUGUCUUAAAUUAUUUAUAAGCAGGACCCAAAUGUUUUCAUCCCCUUCCUCCUCCCUAAAGCUCUGGUGACUUUCCCCAUGAUUUUCACUGAGACUUCUUGGCCUUCUAUAACUUUUUUUAGUUGAAGGAAUUUUGGUGCUUUGGGGCUUCAUGAAAAAGUAUCAUGGUUGAGAAGGAGAAUGCUGAUGUGUGUCUUGGGAGCCCUGCACCGACAUGAAGUUUCCUUUUGACCAGGAAAGCACACGUGUCCUUUUUAGAACUAAAUGCUGAUAAGCAUUGUUACUAAAACCCUCAACAUAGUCUACAAGGGCUUGACUGGAAAAUAUACUUGAAAAACUAAAGAAAAUGAGUUGUUUGAAGAAUGCUCAUGACAGCAGGAGCAGGUGAAUAUACUGCUGUUAGGCAAAACAUUUUGGACACAGAUAUACUGACCUUUCAGAAGGCAUGGCAUCCCCCUCCAGCAAUCAUUAAACCAUGGGAGGAUGAGAAAUUGUCUGUCUUGAAGAAUGCAUUUUGCAUACAGCCUUGAAAAUGCCUUUUCCUUUCCCUUCCCUCUCUGAAGAGGACAGACAUUAACAAGGGGUUGUGUGUGCUGUGUUUAACAUGAAAAUUUCCAAGGCAGUUGGUAAGGAACCUGCUGUACUUAAACCUUUUUUUGUGGAGGGGGUGGGUAUGGUGUAACAAAAUCACAUGACUGGCCUCUCAAAUUAGAGGAAGGAACUGGUGGCAGUACUGUAUUCUGUAUCUCUUACAUGUGGUCAUCAUAGAAGCAAUAUGAAGGCAUUUCACUUCAUGCUCAGAAAUAGUUCAGUGAGUCUCCAAUUAUCAAUGCACACACCUCACAAAUACCAGCUGUGUUUUAGUUGGCUGCAGUGGAAACAGGCAGCCUGGGGGCUGGACUCUGCUUGCUCUACAGUUCCUUUCUAGCAAUGUGAAUCUGCAACAGCUGUGUCCAGCCUUCUUUCUGCCUAAGGGCUUACAAACUUAAGGAGGCUUCCUGGUUUGGCUCUCUUCCAGACCUUGAAAUCUUCUGUGCAUAUCCUGGCCCUUGGGGCAAGUAUAGGUCUCUGGUUGUCCAAGAGUGACACAGAUGGGAAUUCUUCAAGAUAACAAUCAGGGCAGAGAAUUAAGCAACAUUACUUACUUGGUUUUCAAGCCAUUCUACCUCUCCCAGCCCUGAAAAAGACAUAAAUACACCUGUGUUAGGUGAUCCCUCAGAUGCAGGUAGGACACAUAAAGCUUCUGUCAGAUCAGGUCACAGAGUUGCAGUUCCUUUCUCUUGCAGGGUAGCAAACCCAAUGUGUGAAGCUGCAGGAGUGACAAGAGCAACUGUGACUCAACCAGCACUGAAUAAAGGUGGAGAAGCCCCUGAUGCUAAAUACCAUCUAUGCAUUAAGAUCACAGUGUGUGACUCCAAAUGCAGUUUAUAUACCCUCUCCUUUUGAUUGUAGAGGGGUGCGGGUGUUGUGCUGCAAGCCUAUAGCUACAGAGGCAUCUUUCUGUUUGGGUUUUUUUCCUUAUUUAAAGGACCUCAGUGCCUUUUCCAGUAGCUCUGGCACUAUAGACUCUCACUGACAGUUUGCUCUUUGUUCACAGUUGUCAGGGGAACGGUGAGGUGGGAGCUGCCCUCCUGUGCUUCCCUUUGAAUGAAACAAGAUUUCCACUACUAUUAGGAGGUUUUGAUGCUGAAAUGAGGAAAAUAGUAGCAAGGAUAAGUGAAGGAAUUUGGGAUAAAUGAAAUAAACCAAAAGAGGACAUUCAGCAGCUUGAUUGUCUUCAGCUGUCCCAUGCUUUGGUUUGCACACAGUUCCCUGGUUUUGUUUAAAAAUUCCCCAUCUCCUUCGUGCUGGCUGCAGCUGUGUCCCAGAGCUUGGACACAUGAUGUGAUAAGAGGAAUUUAUCUGCUUCCACAUCUGUCAGACACAGCAUAAGGUAAAAUUGUAGGAUGUGGGGAAAACUGUAAUAAGGCAGGAAAUUAAGAGAAAAAUAUAAAAGUGUAUCGUGCAUAAGAUUUCCUUUCAAAGCUUUUGGACUGAAGCAGUCCAGGGAUCCAUCUUUCCAAGCUAGUUUUUAAUGUACCAUACUUAAGGGGUUGCCUUUGCACAAUCCUGAUAACAUGUCUGUGAACUGGAUUUUUAUUGUUAGUGCUGUGGUGAGAUGGUUUAUAUCUGAAUUGCUGAAAAGCAGCUCAUAAGUAGCCUUUCAGUCCCUGUCCCAUUUGAAGCUCUGAUGACCUAUCAUACAAAAUCAAAUGCUAGUGGGACUCUGCUUUGGAGGAGAGGUGAGCUGGGACAGCUGGACCUGAGGCAUAUUAUAAAUGCAUUCUGUUCAAGCCCCUUCUGCGCUGCCUAAGGGAGGGAAACUGAAGAUGCAGCUGUAGUCUCAGCCACUCCUGCCUCACUUCUGCUGGAUUAAUUAGAGAUCUCACUGACCAGCAAUCACCGCAAAACUAUCACCCUAUCAAGGAGAAAAGGAACAGCACUAAAACGGCUUCACUGUUAAAUGCAGGUAAACAACUGGGAUGCAGGCAUGAGUUCCAAGUCUCUUGCAGGCCAGCAGAGAAGCCCCUGCUUAGCCACCAAAGGUUGGAUUCAUGUAGUUGCUUUAAACCUCUUACAUCUUAACAUAUGGAGUCUUUGUAUCUGUAGACUCCAUUUGUGCUGGUGAGCACGUGGUGUGUAUUGCUUCCACCUGGGAUAAAUAGUGUGCUGAAACUGAAGCUCAGAAGAGACCAGAGGAGAAAACUGCGUGCAAUCAGAUUGUUGGUUACUCAAGAAUAUGCUCGGGAGGGAGGGAAUGAAGAGUCUUUCUGAUGACCAUUAGAGUUCAAGGACUGAACAGAUAAUAAAAUUGCUGGUAAAAGUUAAGUGGCCUGGCCAGCUGUUGGGGGUACCAACCAAUCCACCAAACUCACCUGGCAGCUGCUGGCCCAGAGAAAGUGUUUGCUGUUUGUAUAACAUGCCUUGAAAACCCUGCUGCAGCAGAUGGCUUUGGCUGGCCCUGUUGCUGACUGAGGCUUAAGUACUGAAUAAACCGAAGAUGCUGAA